AUGGCAACAUUUUCGGGGAUUACCACGCCGAGCAGUGUGCAUAUUCUAAAUAUGUUCCAGGUUGUUAUGAAGAUUGUUAAGCAUGUUGAUUCGGAAAUGUACGCAGGCUUAAAUGAGGUGGCGGGUGAAGCAUGCCGGGGCUUAUUGACUGGUUUGGUGUCAUCUGAUGAUCGACGCUUAGAAAUCACGAAUUGUUUUCCUACAGCUCGAGCUGAGCCUGCUCUUGAUGGUGAUGAAACUGCGCAAAAUAAUGCAUAUCAUGAGGAGCAAAAGCAGGUCGAAACGUUGGAUAUGCUUCGAAAAUUCAGAGAUAUGAAUAUCGACUACGAAUUAGUUGGAUUUUACCAGGCUCAUCCUUUUGGAGCCUGUUUUGCUCAAGAAAUGGUAGAUUCACUAGUCGAUUAUCAAUCAAGCGUACCAGACGGAGUAGUCCUCAUUUAUGAUCCUGUAAAAACUCGCCAGGGGCAAUUAAGUAUACGUGCCUAUCGUUUAUCUACAAAAGCUUUGGAAAUGAGUUUAGAAGGGGAUUGGUCACCGGAAAGCACUAAAGCAGUCGGUCUAACAUACGAAAAUAUGCUGGAAGAGUUGCCCGUAGUUAUCAAAAAUAGUCAUUUGGUAAAUGUGAUGUUGGCUGAGCUGGCAUUAGAAGGUGGUCGGGUGAUGCGACAAUCAUCUUCUCAUCUUGAACUUGGAACUCGAAGAUCACUUGAAAAAUGCCUUCGUUCGCUGAUGAGUGAUGUGGAUGAUCUCAACCGAACAGUUAUGGCUUACACAAAAUAUGUAGCUGACAAACAACGUCAUGAUUUAACUGUCUAUAAUGCAACGCAAAAAAGGCAAGCAGAAAAUGAGCAAAGAGAAGCUCGCGGAGAACCACCACUUUCAUUUGAUGACAUAAAGAAGAUAAAACCUCCACAGUUAGCAACGAAGUGUGGAAUGUUGGAAAGCUUUUUAUGUUCUUCUGAUGCCAACGCCCAUGCUGAUUAUGCUGCAGAAGUUACGGGAGAGAAUAUUGCAAAGCUCUUUUUGGCAGAAGCUGUAGCUGAUUCACAUAGUUUGAAAGAUCGUGUUGGAGCGGGAAUUAUCCGAUAA